AUGGGCAAAGACCUGGUAAUCGUAGAAUCGCCCGCCAAGGCCCGCACGAUCGGGCGCUUUCUCGGCGGCAAGUAUGACACUAAGGCCUCGAUGGGCCACGUGCGCGACAUCCCCAAGAGGGAAAUGGGCGUCAAGGUGGAUGAUCUGAGCUUCGUGCCCAAGUAUCGAGUCAUGGCCGACAAGCGGAAGAUCGUCAAGGAAAUCGCCGACGCGGCGAAAUCCGCGACGACCGUCUAUCUCGCCACCGACCCGGACCGCGAGGGCGAGGCCAUUUCAUGGCACCUCAUCAAGGCGGCCAAGAUUGACGCCUCGAAGGUGCAGCGCGUGGUGUUCCACGAGAUCACCGACGGAGCGGUCAAGGAGGCCUUCGCGCACCCCCGCGACCUCGAUGACAACCUCAUCGACGCCCAGCAGGCAAGGAGGGUCCUCGACCGGUUGGUCGGCUACGAGCUCAGCCCCGUUUUAUGGAAGAAGGUGCGGCGCGGCCUAUCGGCUGGCAGGGUGCAGUCGGUGGCGCUGCGACUCAUCGUCGAACGGGAGCAGGAGAUCGAGGCAUUCCAGACGGAAGAGUACUGGAGCAUCGAGGCCAAGCUCGCCCCGAAACCUUCACGGCAGGUCUUCAGCGGCUCCAGGGCAGCAAGGCGCGCAUCGAGAUCAAGAACGAAGCAGAGGCUUCUGCGAUUUACCGGCGACCUCGAGGGCGCAGGGUAUCGCGUGAUAUCGGUUCGUAGACGAGAACGCAGAAGCAAGCCCUCGGCACCGUUCAUCACCAGCACGCUCCAGCAGGAGGCAUGGCGAAAGCUCCGAUUCACAGCGCGCAGGACGAUGGUGGUAGCCCAGCAGCUAUAUGAGGGCGUCAACGUCGGCACGGGCGGAACGACCGGUCUGAUCACUUACAUGAGGACGGAUUCGACAAAUGUCGCCGAUUCCGCGCUUCGCGAAGCAUCCGCCUACGUCAAGGAAAAGUUCGGGGCGAGCUUCGUGCCCAAAACGGCACGUCGAUACACCAAGCGUGUCCGCGGCGCGCAGGAGGCCCACGAGGCGAUACGUCCGACCUCCCUCUUCGCCGAGCCGGAGAAGGUGAAGAACCACCUCACGCCCGAGCAGUUCCGUCUGUACGACCUGAUCUGGCGGCGAAUGGUCGCAAGCCAGAUGAACGACGCGGUCUUCGACGCGACGCGGGUCGAUAUCGACGCCGAGAGCGUUGUCUCGGGCUCGGUGCUCAAGUUCGCGGGAUUUCGGAAGGUCUACAUGGAGGGGACGGACUCCUCCAACGGCAAGCCAUCCGAGGAGUCGCGUGACUUGCCACCCUUGGAAGACGGCGAUGCGCUCGACUUCAUCGCCCUAACGCCGGAGCAGCACUUCACGCAACCGCCUCCCCGCUAUACCGAGGCGACCCUGAUCCGAACGCUGGAGGAGGAAGGGAUAGGACGACCGAGCACCUACGCACCGACCUUAGCUACCGUGCUCGAUCGCGACUACGCGCGCAAGGCGAAGGGAAGGUUCGAGCCGACGAAGCUCGGAAGAGCAGUGACCGGACUGCUCAUACAGCACUUUCCCGACGUGGUUGACAUCGGGUUCACGGCGAAGGUGGAGGAGCAACUCGAUGAAAUAGCGAGCGGCCAACGCGCGUGGAACCCGAUGCUGAAGGAGUUCUACCAGCCGUUCAACGCGACGGUCCAAGAAGCGCUGGAAAAGGCCGAGCGUGUCCCCAGCAGCGAGAUCGACGAAGAGAGCGGCGAGGUCUGCGAGAAGUGUGAUAGUCCGAUGGUAAUCAAGUCGGGGCGGUUCGGGAGGUUCCUUUCGUGCAGUGGAUUCCCCAAUUGCCGAAACUCGAAGCCGCUAAUGGAGCGAGUCGGCGUGGAGUGUCCGAAGGACGGCGGGGACAUCGUCGAGCGACGACAGCGUGGUAAGGGCGGCAGGAAGUUCUACGGAUGCGCCAACUACCCGGACUGCGACUUCACGGUCAACCGCAAGCCGCUGGGACAGCCCUGCCCGGAGUGCAGCGGCCUGCUUGUCGAGCAGGGGCGCGACCGCUGCCAGUGCCGGGAGUGCGACUACAGAGGUCCGGUCCCCGAAGCCGUCGACGCAGGCGAGUUGGUCGAGGCGUGA